AUGCAGCUUUGCAGGGGCCGUGUGCUCGGCAUCUCAGUGGCAGUGGCUCACGGGGUCUUCUCCGGGUCUCUCAAUAUCCUGCUCAAGCUCCUCAUUUCCAGAUACAAUUUCACCUUCCUGACCCUGGUGCAGUGCCUGACCAGCAGCACCGCGGCUCUCACCCUGGAGCUGCUCAGGAGGAUGGGGAGGAUAGACGUGCCACCGUACAGCUGCAGUCUGGCCAAAGCCUUUGCCGGAGUCACCCUCCUGUCCACCCUGCAGUCCAGCCUGACCCUCUGGUCACUCCGGGGGCUCAGCCUUCCGAUGUACGUGGUCUUCAAACGCUGUUUACCUCUCGUCACUUUAGUGAUAGGCGUUUUGGUUCUCAAGAACGGUGUUCCCUCCAUCGGGGUCAUCUCAGCUGUUCUCCUCACUACGUGUGGAGCACUGCUGGCAGGAGCUGGUGACCUGACCGGGGAAACUCUGGGCUAUGUGACCGGGGUGUUGGCGGUGCUGGUUCAUGCCGCUUACCUGGUGGUGAUACAGAAAGUAGGCAGUGAGAGCACCUAUGGCCCCCUAACCGCCCAGUACACCAUCGCUGUCACCGCCUCUCCACUGCUGCUGAUCGGCACCUUUGCCAGCCUGGAUGCCAUCCACAUCUGGUCCUUCCCGGGCUGGCAAGACCCCGCCGUCCCCUGCACCGUUGUCUUCUGCAUUCUGAUCGGCUGCCUUAUGAACUUCACCACCCUGCACUGCACCUACAUCAACUCUGCCGUCACCACCAGCUUCGUCGGGGUGGUGAAGAGCAUCGCCACCAUUACUGUGGGCAUGGUGGCUUUCAGAGACGUUGAACCCACUUCCCUCUUCAUAGCCGGCGUGGUAGUCAACACUGUGGGCUCCGUGUUCUACUGUGUGGUCAAGUACUAUGAGACUAGGAUGCAGAAGAACUAUGAUGACUUGGAACAAUUAACCAAGGAGGACGAGGAGGAGCAGAUCAAGUCUCCAGCAACCACCCCCCAAAUGCAUGAACUACAGGAGAAUCCCAGCCACAGUGUUGUGGAGAAUGGGACCCUGCCCACAGCACAGACUGACCCCCAGAGCAACCUAGUGACUGAGAACUAUGUGGGUGUCUGGAGGUUACUAAGGAAUGUACGUUUCUUCAAAAAAGAUUCCUUAGUUCAUGAAUCUGAAUGAGAUGAAGAUCUCACUUUUCCUCAA